CUUCCUCUACUCCUGCCACAGAUAACUUCAACCCAUUGCUCUUCUCAGCUGAAAUACAAGGAUGAGAGGGCUCUUGCUGUCCCUGUUGGUGGGCUGUUCACUGGCAGCUUCUGUGGAUCGACAGCGGCGGCAAAUUUUUGGGAAUGGACUUGAUCUACAGUCAUCCUUAGGAGGGUACCUGCCGCCCCGCCCUGGGCCAUGUCAGCCCUCCACCAUCUACCGCACACAGACCCAGUACUCCACCCAGGUCAUCCCCUCCACCGUCUACAACAACGACGUACAAUACGUCACCCAGACGUCCGUCCGCACACAGCAGGUAUACACCACUGUGUACUCUGAGGUGGUCCGCACCCAGGUGGUGCCCUCCGUCCAGUACCAGACAGUGACUGUGACCCGCACCGAGCAGAACGUCCGCACACAGGUCGUCACUCUGCCACCACAAGUCAACUACGUCACACGUACACAACAAGCUGUGACGACACAGGUACAGUACCAGACCAGAUACUCCACCAGCAUCCUGCAGGUCCCAACAACUGUUGUCAGGAAUGUUGUUUCUACACAGGUGGUUCCUCAGCAGGUGGUGAGCACCGUCUACCAGACACAGUUUGUCACCAGGACCCAACAGCUACCUGGACAGACCCGUACCGUGGACCGUACUCAGUACAGCACCAUUUACUCCACCGUGGUAGUACCUGGCCAGGACGUGGUAAAAACACAAAAUGUUGUGAGGACCAACGUCAUCACCCAGACCGUCACACAGCCAGGCCAGACCCAGGUCAUCACCUCCACCAAUGUGGUUCCCGUCACCACUACCAUCUUCUCCGAGGUGGUGGUCACCAACACCCAGACACAGUACGUGACGCGCACCCAGGUACAGCAGCAGGUGACCACCGUCUACCGCACACAGCAGGUGCCACAGUACGUCACCAGGACCGUCACCGUCCCCCAGCAGGUGGUGAGCACUCAGGUGUCAACACAGGUGGUGCCCACAACCAUCUACAGCCAACAGGUGGUACCAACUGUGGUCAACCUGCCCGCCGAGACCAGGUACACCACAGUGUACCGCACCUCCGUCCGCACCCAGCAGCUACCGGGUCAGACCCGCACCGAGUACCAGACCAGCGUGGUCUACAGGACCAACUACGUCACCUCCACAGUGUUCAACCAGCAGUACAACACCGUGACGGCCACCAGCACCUACCAGCCAGACUGUAACACCGGCUACAACUACCCCUCGCCCUCUCAAGCCUUCAAUGCCUUGGGAAAAUAAGUAAUGUUAAGAUCCAGUUUAAUGAGACCACCAUAUAAGAACAAUUUUUAUGUUUACUAAUUACAGUGUAAAGAUAUGUGAGAUGUUUCCAACUGUACUUCUUCUGUACUCGUAAUGUAUUUAACUAAUACACGUAACACAAAAGAUCUUC